UGUCAAUAAUCAAAUUGAUUAUUUACAAAAGAGAAAAAAUAAUAAUAUAAGUUACCUUCAUUUAAGUAUUAAAUAUAAUCAGAAAUUUUCUAUACUGUACUGGCCUCAGUUUAUAUUAUUUGUUGGACUUAUUUAAUCCAAUUGGAGAUAUUCUAUUCGCUGUUUUUUUAUUUUUCCGAAAUAUCUACUAAAAUUACAUUAAUUGGGUUACUUUGUUUUGAAAUUCUAAUGGUCUGUCCUAAAUAAUGUAUAUUAAUUUUAUUUAGAGUAAAGUAAUCUUGAUUCUAUUAUGGAAUCGGUAUUAUCUUCAGACGAUAGCUACGAUCAAGAAAUCAAAACUUUAAAAAAUCAAUUAGGCGAAUAUGGAUUGGACGAAGAUAAUUUAAGUAAGCAAGAAAUGGUAGAUUUACUGAAAGCUCUCCAAUUCUCAAAGACAACAGUUCAAGAUGAUGAAUCAUUAAAGCUGGAAGAUGAUAGUGCCUGCAAAUCACCUUCGAAGGUUAUAAUGAAGAGAAGAUAUUUAAAUGUCAAAGAUAGACGAAUGCCUUGGAGUCUUUUACCAAACACCCUAACACCAGCAGAAAAAGCGAGGACACUUGCAGCAUACAUAAAAGUAAUGUCAUUAAACAAUUAUCGACAAGCAAGACAGUCUGUCAAUUUGCUCGCUUGGCCAUUACCAAUACAGAUUAUUGAAUCAACAAGAGUGCAGCCACUCCGCUCAACAAGAAGUGGUCGCUCUGUCCCAGUUUAUACAGACUUUGAUGAAGAUUCCUCUGAUUUUGAUCAAGUAAUUACAAAAACAAAGAGGAGGAAAAUAUCAUGUGAUGACCAAAAUGAAGCUGCCAUCACAAAAAAAGGAUUAAGUUUAAAACGUAAAUUUCCAAAAGAUGAAAAUGUUAGACCAUUAAAAGAAGCCAAAAUCAUUGAAAUACAUAAAUCUGAAUCAGAUAUUCAUGAUGUCUACUCAAUUGAUGACUGAUUCUGUUCCAGGUAUAGGAUAUUUAAUGUAUAUUAUGUGUAUGUGUGUAUAUUAUUAUAAUCAAAUAGAAACUCCUGAGAAAGGUAGCAUUUGGAUCUGUUGGGAUCUUAGCAACCAUGACCGAAAAACAUGGUGCAACUCCCCAAUUAAAAAAAAAUAUAUAGUAUAUAUAUAUAUAUAUCCUUUAUAAAUCUACAGCUGACAUAAUAAAUUAAUAGUACUAAUUAGUAGUACCUUUGUGUUAGUGGUACCUUAAAAGCCUAAAGUUGGUAAGAAAAGUUAUACCUAAGAAAUCAGACACACCUACUUUGAAUAAACAAUAAAAAUUGACUUUGAUCGCUAGUUGAUCUAUGCUGGAUUACCAUCUAACAAUAUUUUAAAGACAAUUCAUACGCUCAUACCACCAUUAAACUACAUUGGCAUAUAUCUAGGAAACCUGACGAUUUUUGUCUACUACACUACCUAAAAACAAGCGGUGAUAGCACAUUGGGUCGGAGCCCAACUUCAGCUUUCAGAGGGCAGAGUUCGAAUCCCAGCUAACUUUUCGAAGUUAUGUGCGUUUUUAUUAAUUAAAAUAUCUCUUGCUUCAAUGGUGAAGGAUAACAUCGUCAGAAAACCUGGCUGCCUGAGAGUCCAAUAUAAUGUUCUCAAGGGUGUGUGGAGUCCGCCAAUCAGCACUGGGCCAGCGUGGUGGACUAUGGCCUUAACCCCUUCUCAUUGUAAUAGGAAACCCGUGAUGUGUUCAUGAUAAUGAUGACACUAACUUAUAAUAUUUAUUUGUAUUGAUGCCAGCUAUUGAUUAAUAAAGCUUUUACGUGCUACCCCUAUUUUGUAAAAAAUAAACCUGAAGGACUGUAGGUAAACAAGGCUUAAUAUAAAAAUAUUCAAACGGCUUUCUUAGAUCAGAGUCGGGUCAAGCUGGCUAAUCUAAAUAACAAAGUCUGAAUAAUUGAAUGUGAAUAAAUCAAUACAACCGGAAAGGUGUAGGAAGUGAUUGUUCCUUUCCAUAAAAUCGAAUCCAGCCCUAUAGCAUAAAAUACGGGUUUAGCGUGCCAAAGUCUUGUGUGCCAUUUUAGGUGAACUAAGUUCUUCAUGGCAAUUAAUUAGGCCAAAAGUAUUUAAUUCCAGUAUUUAAUUAUUGCAAAGAUUGAGCCAAAGUACUUUUCGGUGAUCGGUUAUAAAAUGUUAACAUUUUCAUAAAAAGCCCUUAACUUGCACAGUACCAGUUAAAUAAUUAAUUAAUAAAUAAAUAUACUAUGACAAUACGCAUCGCCGUCUAGCACCAAAGUAAGCGUAGCUUGUGUUAUGGGUACUAAGUUGA